AUGUCCCUGGCUGCCCAGGGCCCGUUCGAGCGCUCCACCGCCCGUCCGAAUCGGAUCUCGCCCGGGAUCCUCCACCUCUUUUCCCAUCCCGUGCACAUAGCACGAGCGCACGGGGCAAUCAGGUCGUACUGUAUUGGUGUGGGUGCACUGUCUUCGCUCAUCGCCGGCCAUGAUUCCGUUUUGAUCGACAUCAUCUCAACCUCGCGGAAGGGUGUCAUGCGCCGCCAUCGAUUCAUCAGUUGCGUUGCCAGCUAG